CCGCCCCCGCCACCGCCGCCGCCCCCGCCGCCGCCGCGCGCGCGCCAGGCUUGGACCGCCGCCGCCGCUGCCGUCGCGCUCACCGCCUCCAUCGGCGGGGUAUAUUUUUAUCGUAAACUAAACGACGAGGACAAAGUGCCAACUCCACCGAAUAACGCCGCAGCCGAGGAGAAGAAGGGCGCACCGUCCGAGCCGGAGCCGUACCCGCGGGCGGGCUCGGAGUUCCCGGAGCGCGUGCAGUUCCUGCUGGUGGGCGGCGGCACGGCGUCGUUCGCGGCCAUGCGCGCCAUCCGCUCGGCGCGGCCCGACGCGCAGGUGCUCAUCGUGGGCGACGAGCCCGCGCUGCCCUACAUGCGCCCGCCGCUCAGCAAGGAGCUGUGGCGCGAGCCCGACCUGGCGCGCGCCGCCGACGACCUCGAGGCGCUCACCUUCCGCCAGUGGAACGGCAAGCGGCGCAGCGUCGUGUACGAGCCCGGCGCCUUCUACGCGCCCGUGGCGCGGCUGGCGGCCGGCGAGGGCGGCGCCGCCGUGGCGCGCGGCUGGCGCGUGCGGCGCCUGGACGUGGCGCGCCACGAGGCGCACCUGGAGGCGCCCGGCGGCCGCGCGGCCACGCUGCGCUACGAGCGCUGCCUCGUGGCCACGGGCGUGCGCGCGCGCCGCUCCGAGGCGCUGCGGCCGGCGCGCGACUCGGGCCGCGUGCUCACGCUGCGCGCCGCCGCCGACGCCGGCCGCCUGGCGCGCCUGCUCGACCGCCCCGACACCGUGCACGUCGCCAUCGUCGGCGGCGGCUUCCUCGCCUCCGAGCUCAGCGCCUCCCUCGCCGAGAGACUGCGCGGCACGGGCGCGCGCGUGACGCAGGUGUUCCGCGAGGCGGCGCCGAUGGCGGGCGUGCUGCCGCGCUACCUGGCGCUGGAGGCGGCGCGGCGCCUGCAGCGCGCGGGCGUGGAGCUGCGGCCGGACACGGAGGUGGCGGACAGCGAGGCGCGCGCGGACGGCGUGCGGCUGCGGCUGGCGGACGGCGGCGCGCUGGAGGCGCAGCUGGUGCUGGAGUGCGUGGGCGCGGAGCCGUGUGCGGAGCUGGCGGCGGCGUCGGCGCUGGAGACGCACCCGACGCUGGGCGGGCUGCUGGUGAACGCGGAGCUGCAGGCGCGCGCCGACGUGUGGGCGGCGGGCGACGUGGCGUGCUUCUACGACGUGGCGCUGGGCCGGCGGCGCGUGGAGCACCACGACCACGCCGUGGUGUCGGGCCGCCUGGCGGGGCAGAACAUGGCGGCCGCCGGCCCGCCGCAGCCCUACACGCACCAGAGCAUGUUCUGGAGCGACCUCGGCCCCGACCUGGGCUACGAGGCGAUAGGUAUAAUAGACUCCCGACUGCCGACGGUGGGCGUGUUCUCCGCUGACGCCGUGAGCGACGCCGCCGCCACCGCCGCCACCACCACCGCCGUCGCCGUCGCCGCCGCGCCCGACGGUGGGCACAAAGAUGAGGAAGCGCCUCUUAAGGCCGUAGCGGGCGCGGGCGCGGGCGCGGGCGCGACGGACGCGGACGGGCGGCGCUACGAUCGCGGCGUGGUGUUCUACCUGCGCGAGCGGCGCGUGGUGGGCGUGCUGCUGUGGAACCUCUUCAACCGCAUGCACGUCGCGCGCCAGGUGCUGGCGCAGGGCGAGUUCGAGGACCUGUUCGAGGCCGCCAAGCUGUUCGCGCUGCACGAGGACGAGUGAGCCCCGUCUCCGCCGCGUCGCCACACACGAACACAAUACAUUCGCUGCCCACCA